AGUCUGGUGCACAUGGGGUUAAAUUUUCAGCUAUAACAGCAGUUUGUGGGGGAGUUACCGAGAUUUAGACUGCAGUAACAUCACGGCGCAUUCCUGGGCAGUUCUUAGCCGCCAACAUCUUAUUAGAACCAUAUCUGAGGCCGGUUUCUUGACUUGAUCCGUAAUACAGGGAAACGCGUCGACAGUAGGUUACCCUAAAUUGUCAGCCGCUCUGCUGGACUGGAGAGAGCAUUUUGGAGUAUGCCAAGUCUACAUUCAGCUGCCUAGCUUGAUAUCGGUGCCGUUGGGCUAUGUGUCAGUGCUGAGCGUGGCUGUGGAAGGCCAUCCGUGAUCAGAGUUUCCCCGAUCCUCUUCCUCUUCCUCCUCCUCCUCCUCCUCCUCCCUCCCAGUCCUGCUCUUCGUGGUGGUGCGGCGUAAGUCCUGGCCCCUGGUCGUCAUGUCCGCUGACGUGGAGAGCAGCAGUGCACCGUCUCCAACGGAGCAGCAGCCGCCCAUCAAGACGCCCUCCAAGAAGGAGAAGAAGAAAGGUGUAGCCAGUCCAGAGAAGACGGAUGAGUACCUUCUCGCCAGGUUCAAAGGGGAUGGGGUGCGGUACAAGGCCAAGCUGAUCGGUGUCGACGAUGUACCUGAAGCCAGAGGGGACAAGAUGAGUCAGGACUCCAUGAUGAAGCUGAAGGGUAAGGCCGCAGCGGCCCGCUCCCAGGGCAAACACAAGCAGCGAGUGUGGGUCAACAUCUCCCUGGCGGGCAUCACCAUCACUGACGAGAAGACCGGGGCGGCUGUGCUGGAGCAUGCUGUCAAUAAGAUCUCCUUCAUCGCGCGGGAUGUGACGGACAACCGGGCCUUCGGAUAUGUGUGUGGUGCCGAGGGCCAGCAUCAGUUCUUCGCCCUUAAAACGGCUCAGCAGGCGGAGCCUCUUGUUAUUGACUUGAAGGACCUCUUCCAGUUAAUCUUCAACAUGAAGAAAAAAGAAGCAGAGGGCUCAAAGAAGGAUGAAACAAAUAAGGUAGUGGAGAAUGGCACUGACUCAACUAAUGGCAACCAAGGUGACAAGAUGAAGGGCAUGGAACAACUGGACUUGUUUGGAGACAUGUCAACCCCACCAGAUUUGCAUUCCCCCUCAGAGCCGCAGGACAUCCUGCUGAUGGAUCUGUCCACUGAGAUCGACAGCAACCAGAACUGCGUGAAGGGCAACCCCUUCAUGGCCUCCUCCUCCUCUUGCUCUGUCCUCAGGCCCCCGCCCAGCCUCUCGCCUGAGAACCCCUUCUCCUCGCAGCUCAGCUUCUUCCCCACCCCCAGCCCGGACCCCUUCAGCGACGACCCCUUCUCCCAGAACGGCCUGCGCGCCGUCUCCCUGUCUUCCUCCUCCUCGUCUUCGUCGUCGUGCUCCUCCUCCUCCGCCGCCGCCAUCGCCGCCGCAGCAGCAGCUCCGAGCCCCUCCUCGGCCACCUUCUUCAACGGCACCGGCGGCAAGAACGGCGACUCGGACUACCUGGCCCAGCAGUUCGACCAGAUCUCCCACCGCACGGCCGUCCAGACCCCGCUGAGCAACGGGCAGUGGCCGCUGGACAGCAGGGCGGGGACGGAGGCUGGUGCCUGGACCCAGGUGGCGAGCCACCCCAUCCCCGUGCCGGAGCAGAACGGUCACCACGCCGCGGCCGUCCCCAACCCCUUCGGGGAGGCGGCCGACCAGGGGCAGCCCGUGCCGAACGGGGUCAAAGCUGAGCCCGCUGUCGCCGCCGUCAACACCGCUCAAGCCAAGGACUCGGUCAUCAUCAGCCCUCCUCCGAUGAAUGCCAAGGGUGGGCGGGGGAGGAGGAGUGUGAAGUCUCCUACAAAUGAAAAAUCUGGUACAGAUCCAUUUGCAUCACCCAGUCACACAGAGGUGCCAUCUCCGCCUCAGCCAGAAGUGCUCCCUGCAUCCCUCUUCAGCAAGAGUCCAGUGAGCACCUCGGACACUAUGGCUGCUCUUGGAGGGUUGACUCUCGGGCCCCCUCCUCCAGCUCCGGUUCCAAGCUCAGCUCCCUGGAGCCAGCCUCUGUCCACCAUCUUUCCGCCUGCUGGCCCCGCUGUUCCCCAGCUCCUCGCCAACAGCCCCUUCCCCCAGCCUGCUGCCUUCCCCCCGGCCCCUGUCCCCGUGCCCGCCUGGGGGGCUGCUCCAGCAGCCUUCGGCUCGACCUUCCCCCCUGCAAGCAGCCCUCCAUCCUGGGUCCAGCCCAGCGCCCCGGUCUCCAAUGGGACUUGGGCCCAGCCUGCCCCGGUGGGGAACCCCUUCCAGUCCUCCGUGUUCCCCAUGCCCUCCCCGGGCCUAGGAGGACUGGGCAGUGGGCCGCCCACCUCCAGCCCCCCGCCCCCUGAGGUGCCACCGCGGGCAGCGCCCAAGGUGGACAGCAAAGCCUUCCUGGAUUUGGACCCUCUCGGGGACAAAGUGAACAGAGACGUGCCCGUGAAGGACAUGUUCAAGGACUUCCAGAUGGCCAAGCCUCCUGCCGUUCCUGCUAGGAAGGAACCGAUGAAAGCCCAGACCAUAGGUCAGGCCCCUUUUGACAAUCCCUUUGGAGCUGGUCUCUUUGGAUCCUCUGCACCCAUGACUAGUGCACCCGCCAUCAAGUCUGGAGGGCCAGACGCCUUUAGAGACCCCUUCGGAAAUCCCUUUGCAUGACUAGCACCUGAACUCCGGUCAACAGAGCCCAAGUACUGUGCUUCACCCUCUAGAGGUCCAGAGUUCACCCAUGAUGUGCACCCCUGCCUCAAAGCAGGCUUUUGAUGUCCAGCAGGCUCCAUCUCAGUCCCCACCCCUCCUUACUCCCCAGCACACCUCUCUCCCCCCCCCCCCCCCCCCCCCAUGCCUCCAUGCUGUCCAUCUCUCCCCUGGCAGAGGCUCCAGUAUGCUUUACAGAGAUCUGGUGGACUAGCACUGCGCCUGGGAAUAGCAUGGCCAAAAAUGAGCUCCGGUAGACUGCUUUAAAUUCCUGUCUCGAGACUGGACGAAAAAAAAAAGAAAGAAAGAAAAGUGCAGUACCUGAGACUGUGAUCGUUAUCAAAGGAACUUUUCGGGUAUGGAAUUCAACUGCCACUAGCCAUAGUAUGAAGCACAAACCCAAGAUGGAGAUGGGAAAUCGUUUGUUCAGGAGGACUUGUGUAAAAUCAUGUUCCAGUAUUCAAUGUGUUGUGAAAGAUUUUUUUUUUUUUUUUUUCUAAAAUAACUUUUGAAAUGCAGUAUUAUUUUUACUUGUUUUUCUCAGCAAGUCUUCUAUCAAUUACGUGUAUCUUUAGCUUAAGCCUUUGAGUGAUUCUGGAAAUUUCUUGAGUAACAUUGUAAGUCUGUGUGAGGAAGACCAUGAUGUCACAACACAAAGCGCAUUACUAUAGUUCACCCAGGUGCUCGUGGUUUUAAACAGUGGAAGGGCCUGGUGUUAUCACUCCUAUGGAGAUGGUAAUCGGCGUGAGCGAGGGCCAUCUCUAUCAGCCUUGUGAGCCUCUCUUGCCUCGGCCUCUGUCACAUUUGUCUCGUUUGACCAAAACAGCCCUUCACACGGAGCAGUGGUGUCACACACAGUGUUUUCCGUUCAUAUCUUCUGCUUCAUUUUUAAGUCGAUCCCACUCACUGUAUUCCAUGUAUCCUGUAGAAAUAAUCGGUUGGUCUUAAAGAGAUGGGUUCAUCUGAGAGCAGAGCCAGACUGCACGUUUCUCUCUCCUGUGCCGCCAUGUUACAUAUUCUCGAUUGUUAAAGAGGUGCGGCAGAGCGAUAGGGAGCCGUGUUUGGCUGUCAUGGAAAUGAGAUGUUUUCACCAUGGUGUUGCAAAUUUCAAAAGAAAAAAAAAAAUGAAAAUGGAUGCCUUGACUGACAAAUGAAGUAUUCUCUCUUGCAGUUAAUUUUGUAAGUGAAGAUGUUUGUAUGCGUGUGUGUAUGUCAGUGUGUGUGUGUGUGUGUGCGUGUGUGUAUAUAUUAUAUAUAUAUAUAUAUAAAAGUAUAUAUUUACUCUGUUGUGCACUACCCUUUAUUUUGGAUGCUGUGUAACUGAAGAGAAUCAAGUCCUAUAGUCCUUGCAAUAAACUGGAAUUGUAGUUAGUUGAAUGGACUAUGAAUUUGACAUUUUUGAUCUGUAAUGGAAUUCAUUAAAUGUAUCAUUGGCUUUGCCUUA